CAUUCCAUAUUGAAACAAAAAUAGAAGCUACUAGGAAUAUUGUACUCGCAAAACCCAAGUCAAAAGUCUUGUGUCUUUGUGCGUACAACAAAAUAAAAAUUACAUCAAAGACCCACUUUAUUACAGCUUUUUAGCCAUUGAAUUUGGAUCAUUUCUUGGUUUUUGUCAUCAUGAUACUCAAGUGAGCUAAAAUAAAGACUCCAUUUUGAAAUUCUGAUCUACGAUUUUACACCAAAAAAAGAGCAAGAAUUCCUCAUCUAGAGCAAAUCAUUUGUUGACCCAAUCAUAAAUAUAUUGAAUGAAGGUCUUAACUUGCCUACUCUCACACACCGGGCGAAGCUAGGUGAAUUCAAGAGAUACAAAUUCCAGGUGUGACCUUGCCAUUGCCUAGUUGAUGGCAGACAUAGUGAAGCAAAUCCUAGCAAAGCCAAUCCAAUUAGUUGACCAGGUGAUUCAAGCAGCUGAUGAGGCAAUUGCAUUCAAGCAAGAUUGUGCUGACCUCAAGUCCAAGACAAAGAAGCUGGCUCUGCUGCUUCUUCGUACAGCACAAGCCAGCAAUGACCUUUAUGAACGGCCCACUAGGCGAAUCAUUGUUGACACUGAACAAGCCUUGGAAAAAGCUCUAUCCGUUGUUAGCAAAUGCCGCCGCCCUACAGUAAUGAAGCGCAUAUUAUUCAUCAUCCCUGCUGCAGAUUUCCGUAACUCUUCUUCACAGUUAGAGGAUUCCAUUGGUGCUGUGUCCUGGCUCCUCCAUGUCACUGCCUCAGCCGACGAAUUGUGCUUAAUUUGGAAACAUAUAGCGAUUUUGUGCACUGGUUCGAUCAGUGAUCAAACUGCUGCUGCUGCAUCAUUAGUUUCGCUGGCUAAAGACAAUGAUCAGAAUGGAAAAUUGAUUAUUGAAGAAGGUGGAGUAGGACCACUGAUAAAAUUUUUGAAGGAAGGAACAUUGGAGGGUCAGGAGAAAGCUGCAAAGGCAAUUGGAUUACUAGGACGUGACUCUGAAAGCGUUGAACACAUAGCGCAUGCUGGGGUGUGCGCGGUGUUUGUGAAAAUCCUCAAAGAAGGUCAAAUGAAAGUUCAGGCAAUGGUGGCUUGGGCAGUUUCUGAACUUGUUGCACAUCACCCCAAAUGUCAAGAUAUUUUUCAUCAACAUAACAUAAUCAGAUUACUUGUUAGCCAUAUCGCGUUUGAGACAGUCCAGGAGCAUAGCAAGUACGCUAUUGUUAGCAAAGCCACGUCGACUGAUGAUGUUCAUUUAGCUAAUAAUCUUACUAGUACGUACAAGGUGAAUGAAGAUGAUGAUAAUAACUACAUUGCACACCCUUUAGGAAAUAAGAAGCAUACUCAGAUGCACAAUGUGGUUACUACCACUACUCUAAUGAAGGGCCAAAUGAAACCGUCUCAGCAGAUUCCGGUCAAUGGUGCAAACAGUAACCAUCAACAGCAGCAGAGUCUUUCUUCUACAAGGGUCAGUAAUGAAGGGAGAGAAUCGGAGGACCCUACUACUAAGGCCUAUAUGAAGGCAAUGUCUGCAAGAGCUUUAUCGAAACUGGCCAAGGGAAACUCACCUAUUUGCCAUAGCAUUACUGAAUCAAGAGCACUGCUUUGUUUUGCAGUACUCUUGGAGAAAGGAGACGAAAAUGUUCAGUACAAUUCUGCUAUGGCAGUAAUGGAAAUUACAGCUGUGGCCGAGCAAGAUUCUGAUUUGAGAAAGUCGGCAUUCAAGCCUAAUUCGCCUGCUUGCAAAGCUGUUGUUGAACAACUGCUGAGAAUCAUCAAAAGAGAGGAUUUGAAUCUGCUUAUUAUUCCUUGCAUUCGAGCAAUUGGGAAUUUGGCAAGGAUUUUUCGAGCUACAGAGACGAGGAUGAUUAGCCCAUUAGUAAAGCUUCUAGUUAAACGAGAAGCAGAGAUCUCAAAUGAAGCAGCCAUUGCCCUCACAAAAUUUUCUUGCAAAGAUAACUACCUUCACCUGGAUCAUUGCAAAGCAAUCAUAAGCGCUGGAGGUGCAAGACAUUUGGUUCAACUUGUUUCCUUUGGUGAACAAAUAGUUAAGAGCUCUGCAUUGCUUCUGCUGUGCUACAUUGCAUUGCACGUCCCUGAUAGCGACGAGUUAGCUCAAACCGAGGUGCUUUCAGUGCUCAAAUGGGCAUCAAAGCAGGCAUUUUUGAAUCAAGAUGAAAAGGUGAAGACAUUGUUGCAGGAAUCCACAAGCAGGCUGGAACUCUUAUCAAUCGAGAAGAGGAUCAAGGGGAUUCCAUUGAUUGCAUCAACAACUUACUGUGCAUAAUUUGUAUGUGUUUUUCUAAUUUAAGCAAUUGAGGUGCCUGAUAGGUACAAGUCUAAGUUAUGGGGUCCAAGUGAAAUUUCGAAACAAGUUUAAGGGCGUAUCGAUAACUUAAGUCAGAUCUUUUAAAACCAA